AAUUGCGCAGGCAGUGAACGAUAUGCUCUCCAUUCAAGCAGCCACUACUCCUACUGUUACUGCUGUGGAAUCGACGCCGAAAGCUGAUCAAAAGGCUAACAACAACAACAAUAAACGAGUACUGAAGAAUCCAGAGGAAGAGUUUCCAAUCUUGAAUGAACUCAUUCACAACUCCAUGAACCACCAGUCAAAAAGAAGAACAGCCCUGUACAAGUCCAUUGCUGCCUUCCCUUCUGAGCAGAAGCAGAGUUCUGGUACCAGCUCAAGGAUCCUGAGAUCAUCGACGGCUGGCAAGGUGUUCUCCGAGAGAAAGAUGAUGCCAUCUAGUCCUCUUGGGAAGCUGCAACUUGAAGCAGUGAGCGAGAAUGAUGAGAACAGGAAACCAACAACCACCACAACUAUUUCUGCUGGUGUUGCUGCUGCUGCCAAUGGUUCUUCCAGCUUAUGUAGCACGAUCAAGCUGGGCAAGGAGAUCGAGUCUGAAGCCGGGACAUGGUUCAUGGAUUUCGUGGAGAAAGCAUUGGAAACUGGCAUGAAGAGAUCUUCAUCAUCAUCAUCAAGAGGGAAUAGCAGUAACAGUAAGAGCAUGAAUGCAGACGGGGAUGGUAAGAAGGUCCCUCAAUCCGUCAUAUUGAAGGUGAUUAAUUGGGUGGAGGUGGAACAGUCCGAUGGCAGCAAGAGGCCAGUUCAUCCCAAAGCUGCCCAGGUUGCGAGGAGGCUAAGGAUCAAGAUGAAGAACCCUUGAACCAAACAUUUGUGUGUAUUCGUUAUUAAGUGUGGAAAUCUCUGCAUUGUGCAUGCUGUAUGAUUUCAUCAUCAUUCAUUUGUGCGCUCACCUUUGGGAUUGUUCAUUUUACCAAUUUAGCCACAGGAUGCUUCGUUGAAUGGUAAUUGGCCGUCUUGUAUCAAUAAAACACAUGCAUAUAUGCUGGCUAUGGUCAAAAUUUGCAGUUGCUCUAGACACUUGUGUAGUCCAAAUAAGUGUGUUCUGUUUUCCUUGUCAUUAUGUGUUCUGUCUCACAGAACAAAGUUUUGCCAUUUGGCUGAACGAUUUAACAAGAAGCUUAAGAUCAGAUGAAAGCGAUCAAUAGAGUGAAACUAUUGAAACUCGUUGUCUUGAGAUAAAGACAAUUUGUUUGACUGAUGUAGGUUGAAGUGGAAAGAUCUACCAUGUAGAUUGAGUCCAACCACAAUUCUAGGACAAUUACAAUGAUUUUUUUAAAAGGAGUUAAACAUAUUAAUAUCGAUUAUCAUAUUAUUCUUAAACUUUCUACUUAUAAAAUUGGGCAUAACCAAGAAGAAUAUUGUAGGUGGGGCUAGCUUCAAGUGUCAUAUUAUUCUUGAAAUACCUUGUAAGGCAACUUUUAUAUAAAUAAAGAGUUCAAGACGGAUGGAGAUGUUGCGCACUCGCAUAUUAACGGAUAGAUAACUACUCAAAUCUUGAUUAUAAAUUACGACUCUUGAAAAAAAUGGAUAACAAGAUGAGAAGAUUUUUCCUCGAGAGUCCAAACCACAUCACCGAUACCUCCGAAGCAAGAGCAGACAGUUGCUACCGGAAAAGACCAACACAAGAGCUUUUUUUUAUCCCUUCACAAUUAAAAUUUUGUGUUUCAUCACGGACAUUUUUCGAGGGUUAUAUCCAUACAAAUGUUGUGUUACUUCAAGUCUUUCAUUUUUACAUAUACCUCAUUCUCUUUGAAAACUAACUCAAAGAAGCUCUACUUAUAUAUCUAGGAGACACUCUAACUCCUUUUAUAUUAUCAAUAGAAGUUUUUUUUUAGUUUUAUAACAUGCUUAACCUUUAAAAUUUCAUAAAUAUAGAAUCAAAUUCACUAGAUGUUAGUGUGCUGAAUAAUUAUCUUCAUAUGGAUUGGUAUGGAACCAUAAUUCUAUAUAGGGCUGCAAAUGAGCCAAGUUUUUCCCCAGUUGAGCUUUACUCGUUAACAAAUGAGCUGAGCUCGAGCCAUAUAUUAACGAGUCGAGUCGAGCUAAACUUGUUUACUAAAUUCUUAGAUCGUAUUUGAUACAUUCAUUUUGUAUAUCGUGUAUGGUACAUGUGAUUGAUGUAACGAUAAAUAAAUAAUUAAUUGUUCAACAUUAAUUAAUCUUAUAUUAUAAUUUGUAGGUGUCAUAUUGUUUAGUUAAUAAAUGUUAACUAGUUCA